AUGUACGCAAGCAACGAGGACGAGUAUGAAGAUGCAAAAGGAGCUGUGUUGGAGUUGCUUGGAGGCGAUACAUCACACGAGUUGUACCGCACGUUCAUCGCAAACUGGGACAGUAACCAGGACGAGUGGGUUUCCUACAAGCGCGGCAACACGCCGCACCUGACGAACAACCCCAACAAUAGGAUCGAGUCCAAGUGGGGGAAGAUAAAGGAUGUUAUUAACGACUCCUUCACUAUCGACCAACUCCUGUCUACGCUGAUGGCGCUGCAGCACUAUGCCGAAGAGCAGUAUCUCGCAGAAUAUCAUCGAGUUGGGAGCCGGCCUUCGCGGGAUUCGGAGGACCGCGCGCUGACGCUGCUAGCUUUGCAGGUGAGCCCGUUUGCCUUCGAAUUGGUCGCCAAACAGCACACCUUGGCAACCGGUCCGAACGCAGACUACACGGUUGAGCUGAACACACCAGGACGAGCCACUGUCACGAGCCCAAGGUCUGGAGAAGUGCAUGAAGUCAACACGAGGACGAACUCCUGCAACUGCAUCUUCAUGAAGACCUGCUUGCUACCCUGCCGCCACGUGAUGUACGUCCGGAGCACGUCCAACUUCGAAACAGUACUGCCCCCGAUGCACUGUUUCCCUACACGAUGGAUUGUGCAGAGUCCAGAAAACAACAUCGACUGGGGAGAAAUUCCGUGUGGAGGGUUGAAGCAAGGGAGCUGUCCGUCUCGAGCGAAGGAGCGAGCUUUGCCGGGGGCUGCGAUGUACAUCGAAGCCAAGGCAACAACGGAGAAGAUCAUUGCAAGAAUGGCACUUCAAUCUACACCCACAUUUCGGAUCGCGCUGAAGUGGCUUCAGGAUUUCUACGAAGCGCUC